CCGGGAGCGGCCGCCAUGCAAUCCCGGAAGCUCACCCGCGGUCGCCAUAGCAACGGUGACGUGUUUCCGCUCCGCUCACCCUGUGAACCGGAAGAGACGCGCGGGUCUCUCUUUCGCCUCAGUGUUGCCGCCAUGAAGCCGAUCCUGCUGCAGGGCCAUGAACGCUCCAUCACGCAGAUCAAGUACAACCGAGAGGGAGACCUGCUCUUCACCGUGGCCAAGGAUCCCAUCGUCAACGUUUGGUAUUCAGUGAACGGAGAGCGGCUCGGCACCUACAACGGCCACACAGGAGCUGUGUGGUGUGUGGAUGCAGACUGGGACACACGACAUGUGCUCACCGGCUCUGCGGAUAACAGCUGCCGGCUCUGGGACUGCGAGACGGGGAAGCAGCUCGCGCUGGUGAAAACCAGCUCAGCGGUGAGGACGUGCGGCUUUGACUUCGGAGGAAACAUCAUCAUGUUUUCCACGGACAAGCAGAUGGGUUAUCAGUGUUUUGUGAGCUUCUUCGACCUCCGGGACCCCAGCCAGAUCGAAAACAAUGAGCCUUACAUGAAAAUCCCCUGCAGUGAUUCUAAAAUCACCAGUGCCGUGUGGGGCCCUCUGGGAGAGUUCAUCAUCGCGGGACACGAGAGCGGGGAGCUGAACCAGUUCAGCGCCAAGUCAGGGGAGCAGCUCUCGAACAUCAAGGAGCACACCAAGCAAAUCAACGACAUUCAGACCUCCAGGGACAUGACCAUGUUCAUCACCGCCUCCAAGGACAACACGGCCAAGCUGUUUGACUGCACGACGCUUGAGCAUCUGAAGACGUUCCGGACGGAGCGACCGGUGAACUCUGCCGCGCUCUCCCCGAUUUUUGAUCACGUCGUGCUCGGUGGUGGGCAAGAGGCCAUGGAUGUGACCACGACCUCCACCAGGAUCGGCAAAUUUGAGGCCAGGUUCUUCCACUUGGCUUUUGAAGAAGAGUUUGGCAGAGUGAAGGGUCACUUCGGUCCGAUAAACAGCGUCGCUUUUCACCCUGAUGGGAAGAGUUACAGCAGCGGGGGCGAGGACGGCUACGUUCGCAUCCAUUACUUCGAUCCCCAGUAUUUUGAGUUUGAAUUUGAAGCUUAAAUCUGGCGCAGAACUGUUGGAAGGCCUGAAGUCGCUCUGCUCCAGCGGGAAGCAGUUCGCGGCACACCUGGGGGCUGUGGGAAGGUGGGGAAUUAAAAACCAAACCGACUCAAAAGGGCGGGACUGGAUUUCAUGAGCAGCAGCAAAGGCGAGGACAGGAGCUGAGCUGCCUGCCCCUGGGGAUGCCACUUCUUGCCCCGCUGGGCUUAUUUAUACACCAGGGGAGGAAAAAAAACAUCAGGAAACAAAUAGAAAUCUUUUAUAAACACAAGCAAAAGCA